UCUUCCGAGUUUGUAGUUCUCCGCCACCCCUUUUCACGUCCUCUCCUUGAUCGUCUGAAGAUAAGACUUUCACGUCUCUUUCUCUCAGAUGAACAUGGCCGGAAAAACUUCAGUUAACGGUGAAUCAAAUGGGAAAGUACAUCGAAAGGUGGGUCUUGUUUACGACGAGACGAUGUGCAAACACGACACACCUCACGGCGAGGCUCACCCUGAGCGUCCCGAUCGUAUCAGAGUCAUCUGGGAGAACCUUCAGCUCGCCGGAGUCACUCAAAGAUGUGUGGUUCUUGGUGGUACCAAAGCAGAAGAUGCGCAUCUCCAACUGGUUCACACAAAGGACCAUGUUAAUCUAGUUAAGAGCAGCACAAACAAGAAAGAUUAUCAGAGUGACAGGAUUGCUUCACUGGUGAAUUCGAUAUAUCUGAAUAGAAGUACAUCUGAAGCUGCAUAUCUUGCAGCUGGUUCUGUUGUAGAGGUGGCGGAGAAAGUUGCCAAAGGAGAGUUAGACUCUGGCUUUGCUAUUGUCAGGCCUCCAGGUCACCAUGCUGAGGCAGAUGAAGCCAUGGGGUUCUGUUUUUUCAACAAUGUUGCAGUCGCUGCUAGUUAUCUACUAGAUGAAAGACCUGAUCUAGGUGUCAAGAAGAUUCUGAUUGUUGAUUGGGAUGUCCAUCACGGAAACGGCACGCAGAAGAUGUUCUGGGAAGAUCCUCGUGUGCUAGUUUUCUCUGUUCAUAGGCGUGAGGAUGGAGGCUUCUAUCCAGGAGGUGAUGCUGGAUCAUAUAACAUGGUUGGUGAAGGUCCAGGGGAAGGAUUCAACAUAAACGUCCCAUGGGAGCAAGGAAGAUGUGGAGAUGCAGAUUAUCUUGCUGCUUGGGACCAUAUCUUGAUUCCUGUGGCUAAGGAGUUUAAUCCUGAUAUUAUCUUGUUAUCAGCUGGCUUUGAUGCAGCUAUUGGUGAUCCACUUGGUGGUUGUCGUGUUACACCAUAUGGAUAUUCAGUUAUGUUGAAGAAGCUGAUGGAGUUUGCACAAGGAAAGAUUGUGAUGGCGUUAGAGGGAGGAUACAAUCUUGACUCAAUUGCUAAAUCUUCACUUGCAUGUGUCCAAGUUUUGCUUGAAGACAACCCAAUUCAAGGUUCUUCUGAAGAAAUACCAUUCAUGUCCACAUGGCGUGUUAUACAAGCUGUACGCAAGAGGCUAUGUGCUUAUUGGCCUUCACUUGCAGAUGAACUAUCAUCAAAGCUGAUUAAUCAGAAAACUCCUACUCCAAUCGUCCUUACCUCAAACUCCAACUCUGAAGCUAAAGACAACGCUCAUGAACUCCUGGAUCAACUGUCAAAACUCAACAUUGAAACACACAAAGUAGAUACUAAGGUUUCUACAUCUUGGAGAAGUGAUCUCUCAAAAGUUGACGUCUGGUAUGCCUCUUUCGGAUCCAACAUGUGGAAACCAAGGUUCCUUUGCUAUAUUCAAGGGGGACAAGUGGAGGGAAUGACAAAGCCGUGUGUUGGUUCAAUGGAUAAAAGUCCGCCAAAGGGAAUAACGUGGGGAACAUAUCCAAACAGGUUAUUCUUUGGCCGCGAAUCUACAAAUGUUUGGGGUAAAGGAGGUGUUGCUUUCACCAAUCCCCUUACUAAUCCCAAUGAUCAAACUCACAUGUGUCUGUAUAGAAUCACUCUUGAGCAGUUCAACGAUGUUCUGUUUCAGGAAAAUGGCUUGAACGUUGAUUUUGCUUCUCCAAUCUUUGGCCUUACUGCUCUGCAGUUAGUAGAGAAGAAUGGAUCCACUCCACUUGAAGCUGAUUUGGCUCCUUGGUAUGGAAACGUUGUCUGUUUGGGAAGAGAAGGCGACGUACCUAUACUUACAAUGACUUGCACACUUUCUGUUAUUGAGAAGUUCGCUUCUGGUGAAGUGCCAUUAAGUCCUCCUGCAAAAGCCUAUGCCAACACUUUGAUAAGGGGACUUGUUGAAGGAGGAAUAUUCUCUGAAGAAGAAGCUGAAGCUUACAUAGACGAUGCUGCUUCUAAGCCUCUCUAUAUCAAUGGAGCUUCACGUUUCUGAGUUAUUCGUUUACUAUUAAAACCACAGGGUUUAAGAAGGAUUGUGAACAUUUAUUAUUGUUACAAUUUGGCAUAAGAAAGGACAUUAAAAAUGAAAAAAAGAAUUUAUGUAAACAUUAUAGGACUAUGUGGAACUAAAAUAUAUGUGGACUAAAGCUAAAAUUAAUGAGAUCAUACACAGCUUAUUCAGCA